ACCCUGUCUGUCGUGGGCGGGGCCAAUGAAAACGUUGUCAAGCUAACGCAGCGAGGCAGAAGAUCGAAAUGGCGGCGCCAGCAGAGAGGAUGGAGGUUUCUCAGGGGGAGAGCUCAGCCAAGCCUGCAGCUGAGGAUAUGACGUCAAAGGACUACUACUUUGACUCAUAUGCCCACUUUGGCAUCCACGAGGAGAUGCUGAAAGAUGAGGUUCGCACUUUGACCUAUCGCAAUUCCAUGUUCCACAACAAACAUCUGUUUAAGGACAAGGUGGUGCUGGAUGUGGGCAGCGGGACAGGCAUCCUCUGCAUGUUUGCUGCCAAAGCUGGAGCCAAGAAGGUUAUAGGGAUAGAGUGUAGCAGCAUCUCAGACUACGCAGUGAAAAUCGUCAAGGCCAACAAGAUGGACGAUGUUGUGACCAUCAUUAAAGGAAAAGUGGAGGAGGUGGAGCUGCCUGUGGACGGAGUAGACAUCAUCAUAUCAGAAUGGAUGGGCUACUGCCUCUUCUAUGAGUCCAUGCUUAAUACAGUCAUCUAUGCCAGAGACAAAUGGCUGAAGCCAGACGGACUCAUUUUCCCAGACAGGGCGACCCUUUAUGUCACUGCCAUCGAAGACAGGCAGUACAAGGACUACAAAAUACACUGGUGGGAGAAUGUGUAUGGUUUUGAUAUGUCGUGCAUCAAGGAGGUGGCAAUUAAGGAACCCCUGGUUGACGUGGUGGAUCCAAAGCAGCUGGUCAGCAGCGCCUGUCUCAUCAAGGAAGUGGACAUCUACACAGUGAAGGCAGAUGACCUGACCUUCACCUCACCAUUCUGCCUGCAGGUGAAGAGGAACGACUACAUUCAUGCUUUGGUCACCUACUUCAACAUAGAGUUCACCCGCUGUCACAAGAGGACCGGCUUUUCCACCAGCCCAGAGUCUCCCUACACCCACUGGAAGCAGACUGUCUUCUACCUGGAUGAUUACCUGACUGUCAAGACUGGCGAGGAGAUCUUUGGCACAAUCAGCAUGAAGCCAAACAUCAAGAACAAUAGGGACCUGGACUUCACCGUAGACAUUGACUUCAAGGGUCAGCUGUGCGAGAUGUCCAAGACCUCUGAGUACAGGAUGCGUUAAGUCCCUUAGUCCCCUCCUGUGUUAGUUUGUCUUUAGUAGAUGACAGAUUAAACUGUUUGACUCAGUCUGUACAAUAAUUCAACGCUCCCCAUGCAGCAACAUUUUAAUAACUGUAUUUUUUUUUUUUUCUUGUCAUUUUCUUGUCCAAACCUCAACAGUAUUUAAAAGGUUUUCACAUCCUUGGGGUCAAAGUGCAUUGGCGUGGUGUUUCAUUGUGCAGUAGUCACUCAACAAAUGGCGUGCAUUUGACAUGUACCUAGUGUUUGUAUCCAACAUUUUGGGUUUUGCUCUGGGGUUCUUGUCCUUUUGCAUGCGCGAGAUCCAUAUAGACACCAACACAACAGCCCCGCUGACAUGUCUGCAUUACAGUAUUACUGUUCAGUCACGUUGGCCCUCUGUAUGGUCAUUACAUGACCACCUCUUUGGUUCUGUUGAAGCUGCAUGUGGGUUUUGGGAUUCUAUAAAGUCAAGAACCCCUGCCUCUUCCUCUUAUGUUCCAGUGAUUUGAAACCAUGUGUAACUGACAAGGAAACUGUCCACCUAACACCUUUAGGUCCUGUUCAAACCAAAAAAAUAACAAUGUUUAAAACAGAAUAAAUAUAUAAAGGUGUGGUGCUGGUGUGAAUGAAGUGCUCCAGGUUCCAGUGAGAUGACAUUUCACAAGGCUUAUCAGGACUUUGAGGCACAGCAUGCUCUGCAGUUAAGAAAUUUUGUCCCAAUCUACAUACUAAUUCUACAUAGCUUGUACUACGUAGCAGUUGUCAUACUGCUUUAGCAGCCAAACAAAGUAUCCAGAUACUAUUUAAACAGGAAUAUGUAUGUUGGAUGUAAAUCAAUCCACAGUUUUGUAAAGCCACUGCCAUGUAAACUUCAGAGACAUCAAAAUGUGUUCCUAAGUUUUAAUACAUACUUUUUUUUUUCCAUUUUUACGAGCCAUCUAAUUACCAUCCACAAUUCAUUAAGUUCUUCAGCUAUGAGCAGCCUCUCCAUUUCCUUUGGGGGCAGACAGUGCAUCAACAGCACACUUAAAAAUGAACUGCAUUUAGUGUGAAUACUGUGGUUUGGCUUGAACUUAUUUUGCAACGUAUCCAUUGUGAACUCAUUACAUACUACUGCUUAGAAUCAGUAUUAGUAUUUGGGGAAGGAUGCUGUACACAUGCAUGGUUGUUUUCAACUAUAACCAGAAGCGGGCUGCUCCAAACCUGUAACCGUUUGAUAUUGGGCUGAUGUCAUUUGUGAUAGUGGGGUUGCAGCAGUACCAGCUAUCCUCCCUUAUUUGGCUUUGAUCAGAAUACACCCUAUUGAGAAAACUACCCUUGAGCAUCUUGAAGUGUUGAUUACUGCUGCACCUGAGUUAAAAGAUGGCCUGGUUCCAGCUGGCUCCACAGGUGUCCUGGAGCCCAUAUUUUUGUCUUGAUACAACGUGUCUGAGGCUGCUUGUGUCAACCUGAACAGUAGUAACAUUGUUGGCACUGUGCAGAGACUGCUCUGACUCAUGUCAUCACACUUAGAUUUUUCUCUUUUGUAUUUUUUUUUUGCUGCUUUUUUAAAUAAAAUAAAAUUAAUAAACAUA